CAGAGAAGAGAAGCAGCGGAACCUGCAGCAGCCUUCACCAGGGAGAAAAGCUCUUCUGUUAUUAUUAUUUAUAUUUAUAAUAUUUGGGCUGAAAUUAAACAAAAUGCCGGAUCUGGCUGUAGAAAGGGUCGUUGUUCACCCCCUGGUGCUGCUCAGUGUUGUGGAUCACUUUAACAGAAUCGGAAAAGUUGGAAGCCAGAAGCGAGUUGUAGGUGUGCUGCUUGGCUCCUGGCAAAAGAAAGUUCUUGAUGUGUCUAACAGCUUUGCAGUUCCAUUUGAUGAAGAUGAUAAGGAUGAUUCUGUGUGGUUCCUGGAUCAUGACUACUUGGAGAAUAUGUAUGGAAUGUUCAAGAAAGUCAAUGCCAGAGAAAGAAUAGUGGGCUGGUACCACACAGGCCCCAAACUGCACAAGAAUGAUAUUGCCAUCAAUGAGCUUAUGAAGCAGUACUGUGCAAACUCGGUUUUAGUCAUUAUUGAUGUGAAACCUAAAGAUCUGGGCUUGCCAACUGAGGCCUACAUCUCUGUAGAGGAGGUGCAUGAUGAUGGAACCCCAACAUCUAAAACAUUUGAGCAUGUUACCAGUGAGAUUGGGGCUGAGGAGGCAGAGGAAGUUGGUGUUGAACAUUUGCUUCGAGACAUCAAGGACACAACUGUGGGCACCCUGUCUCAGCGCAUCACCAACCAGGUGCAUGGUCUGAAAGGCCUCAACUCCAAGCUGUUAGACAUUAAGAGCUACCUGGAGAAGGUUGCCACAGGCAAGCUACCCAUCAACCACCAGAUCAUCUACCAGUUGCAGGACGUGUUCAACUUAUUACCAGAUGUGAACCUGCAGGAGUUCAUUAAAGCCUUCUACCUGAAGACCAACGACCAGAUGCUGGUGGUGUACCUGGCCUCGCUCAUCCGCUCCGUGGUGGCCCUUCACAACCUCAUCAACAACAAAAUCGCCAACCGUGAUGCCGAAAAGAAAGAGGGCCAAGAGAAGGACGACAGCAAGAAGGAGAAGAAAGAAGACAAGGAUAAAGAUAAGGAGAAGGAAAGCGCUGCAGCGAAAAAAGACGAGAAAAAAGAAAAGAAAUAAACUUUAAGCCCUGACAAAGACUCUUAGAAUAUUGGCUUAUUUUGUCUGUUUGACUUUUGUCUCAAGUAACAAACAGCCAAUUUCUGACUAAACCUGCAGAUUUUUUUGAUAUCAAAGACUUGUUUUGUGUUUCAUUUGAAGUGGGAAGUGGGUUCAGUUUAAGAAUGCUCGUCUUUGUGUUCUGACCUGAUAUUUGUACUGCUUGUUUGUGUCUACAGAAUAUAUCUGAUCAAGAUUACAAUUCA